AUGAUUGACAGUUAUCGAGGUUGGCAUGAGAUAUUGCCAUAUGCUUUGUUGGGAUACAGAACGACUAUUAGGACAUCAAUCGGAGAACCUCUAUACCUGUUAGUAUAUGGAACAGAAGCAGUUAUACCUGCCGAAGUUGAGAUACCUUCAUUAAGAAUCAUCCAAGAAGCUGAAUUGAGUGAUGUUGAAUGGGUUCGCAAGUGGAUUGACCAAUUAACAUUGAUUGAUGAAAAGAGAAUGGUUGUGGAUGAGUACAAAGGGAAAUUUGUACCAAAUUGGCAAGGACCCUAUAUGGUUCGCAAAGUGUUAUCUGGAGGUGCCUUGGUCCUGUCGGAUAUGGAUGGCAUCGAAUGGCCGAAAUCGAUCAACUCAGAUGUUGUCAAGAGAUACUAUGUGUGA